UAAUAACUAUACAAACAAACAACACCAAGCAAAGUUGUACUGAGAAAAGAAAAACUAUGGGGAACUGCCUCUUGGGAGGGUUUGGAGAUGGAGAUGGAAGAAGAUCCUCAUCAAUCAAAGUCAUCACAUCGAACGGUGGGAUCAUGGAGUUCACUACACCAAUAACCGCAGGAUCCAUAUCCAAAGAAUUCCCAAACCAUGCAAUUUUCCCAAGUCAUGAUCUCUUCUGGAAGCCCCUCCCAAACCACAAAGAGCUCCAAUUAGGCAACUCCUACUACCUCCUCCCACUCAACACCACCACAAGCCUCCACGGCCAGGUCGUCCGCCACGGGCACGUCAGGUCUAAUAGCAUUCCAUCGUCAUCCUCGGUCGUCGCGCCGUAUCGGAUGUCAUUUGUUUGUGAGAGAUUGUUGAAGAGGUCAUACACAGAUGUGUUCAAUUCAAGGUAUGGAAAUUAUAAUAGUGGUGGUGGGAUUUGGAAAGUGAAGCUGGUGAUAAGUCCUGAACAAUUGUUGGAGAUUUUGUCACAAGAGGGUCCAACACAGGACUUGAUUGAGAGCAUAAGUGCUGUUGCCAAGUGUGGCAAUCAUGGGUCUUCUUCAAAUUCCAUUUCUGUUUCUGGGUUUUCUGAUGAAUGGAGCCUCUCUAGUGGCAGUAGAAAUGCUUCCUGCAACAAAGUUGACUUGCUGGAAACAUUUCAUUAAUUGGCAUAAUUUCAUUUUGUUGACUAUAAAGUAAUAGCCCUCUAGUUUUUAAUGUCUUAUUUUGAAGAUGGGACUUCUUGUGUUGGGCUUAUAUGUACAAUGUUAUUAAUAUUAUACUUGUAGUGAAGAGUAAAGUUGUUUAAAUCAAAUUAUUUCGCAGUUGAAUUUUGGUUUC